AUGAAAACCAGGGGAGCUCUCAACAAAAAGGUAAAUGUAGCACUCAUAUCUCAGAUCGAACCAAAGAAGGUUGAGGAAGCAUUAAAAGACUCCAGCUGGGUACAAGCAAUGCAGGAGGAACUUGAUCAAUUUGAUAAAAAUCAAGUCUGGGAACUGCUAACUAAGCCUGCAAAUGCUACUGUAGUUGGAACCAAAUGGAUUUUCAGAAAUAAGCUAAAUGAAGAUGGAAAGGAAUUAAUUCAAAAGUUUGGCAUGAGCAGCGCUAAAGCAAUUGGUACACCAGUGAGCCCGUCAACAAGUCUCGACAAGGACGAAAAAGGAAAUUCAGUUGAUGAAACUAAAUAUCGUGGAAUGAUUGGCUCUUUGCUUUACUUGUUUCAGUCAGCUCCUAAGGAAUCGUACAUGACUGCAGUAAAGAGAAUAAUUCGUUAUCUCAUUGGAACUAUAUCAUAUGGACUAUGGUACCCACGUUCUAACAAUUUUAAGCUUGAAGGUUUUUCAGAUGUUGAUCUUGCAGGUGAUAACGAAGACAGAAAGAGCACUAGCGGAAUAUAUCAAUUACUGGGAAAGGCAUUAAUAUCAUGGAACAGUAAGAAACAAGGCUCAGUUGCAUUAUCCACAACUGAGGCAAAAUAUAAUUCCAUUGGGCAAUGCUGUGCACAGUUACUAUGGAUAUCUCAUCAACUGGGUGAUCCUGAUCUUGUAGAGAAAUUGACUACUAUUGACAACAACUUGAUCAUCAUCAAGGACCUUCUUGCUGCAACUCAAUCAACGGUUGGGGAUAUCCAUGCUAUCUCCAAAGAGGCUGGGUUCGACGUUUCAAAGAUAAGGGUCAAAAUUCUCAAACUUGCAGAGAACGCAGUCAAAGCCUUCAAGGAAGUACAUGACAGGAUUGAUGGAGUGACAGUUUCAGCUAAUGCCAGCUUUGAGCGUCUAAAGGAGUCAAUUUGCAACACUCUCACUUAUUUCUUGCGUCGUUACUUGUGGAUGUUUCAGACAAUGUUUUUUGCCAUUUUGCUAUUUUGGACUGGAUAA